GGCCGAACCGGUUGAACCGGGGCCCAAACCGGACCCAUGGGUUCAACCGGGCCCCUAACAUAAAUGAAGCAGCAGCUUCAUCUUCUCCAUUUCACCACAGCAACGAAAAACACAGCAAGGGGGAGAAGAGAAGAAACCUAACCCUCACCAUUCCUUCCAACUACCAUAACUUCCUCAUCCGGGCUCCGAUUGCCGCACUGUUCGCGGCCACGCGCUCAGCGCGUCGAGCUCUACCUUUCUAUCCAAACAAUUUCUCUGGUUCAAGUUAGCUUCCGGAACUUGUGGGCUCAAGCUAUUGAGCAUAUGGGUAUGGUGUAGUUUAAGAGGGUGUUUAUGCAUUGAACUUGAAUUUGGAUUACUUGGAGCUUUGUUGGUGACAAGGCUUGCUUUGGGGCUGUUUGAUUGAGCUUGGAGGGGCUGUGAUUUUAUGUUGAGAAGCUGCCUUGGGUGAAUUAAGUGAUCGGCCAAGGGACCAGAUGUCUACUCGCGGACGCGGACGUGGACGCGGGCGUGGUAGAGGCCGAAUAGGCAAUGCCAUGCCUGAGGCAUCAGGAAACACUCCUAAUCCCAUAGACUUCAUGGCUGCAUUAGGCAAUAUGGCAGCAGCAAUGCAAGCGACAGCUGAAGCCCUGGGAAACCAAAUUAAUAAUGGAAACAAUGGUAACAAUGACGAGAAUGGUCCAAUGUCACUGCAUUCCUUCCUGAAGGUUCACCCUCCAACUUUCAGAGGGACCUCGAAUCCUACCGAUGCCGAUAACUGGAUACAGGCCAUUGAGCGGGCGUUACAGGCUCAGCAGGUUCCUGAUGAACAGUGGGUUGAGUUUGGGACCUACCAGUUGCAUGGUGAAGCUCAGCACUGGUGGCAGGGCAUGAGGCGCAUUCUGCAGCCUGAUGGGAUUGUGAUAUCUUGAGAGUUGUUCCGAGAUGAAUUCUAUAAAAAAUAUUUCCCCACUUCAGUUAGAAAUGCCAGAGAACUUGAACUGCUUCAGCUUAAACAGGGACAGAUGACUAUCACUGAGUACACUAGUAAAUUUGAGGAAUUGUGCCGCUUCUCACGCAUCUGUCAGGGAGCUCCUGAGGACUUUGCUGAGUGGAAAUGCAUAAAGUAUGAAGGAGGCCUUAGGAGUGACAUUCAGAGCUUUGUGGCGCCUAUGCAGAUUCGGGUGUUUUCUGAGUUGGUAAAUAGGAGCAGGGUGGUAGAGGAUUGUGUUAGAAGGGCUGCAGCAGAAAAAGGGGGUCUGAGGAUGCCAUUCCAGAGGACCACAAGGAGAAAUUUUGCACCCAGAGGCAGACAGUUCAAGCGUGGUAGCUUUGUUCCUCAGAAUAAUCAGGGGCAAGGCAACUCCAGGAGGCCGAAUACCAAUGCUAAUCAGGGAAGGAGACAGGGUAAGCAGCCACAGCAGGAUAUGAGUUGCCACAGAUGUGGAAAGUAUCAUUCAGGACAAUGUAGGUUUGGGACUGGAGUCUGUUACUCCUGUGGGCAGCCGGGACACUUGGCUAGUAGUUGCCCAGAAAAGAAGAGAUAUGAGACAGGCAGGGUGCAGCAACCAGGAAGGGUAUACACUACUUCCUCUAUAGGCGCUGAGGGGUCAGAGGCAUUGAUCCGAGGUAAAUGUGAGAUGGCGGGUAAAACUUUGAAUGCUUUGUUUGAUUCUGGAGCUUCACAUACUUUUAUUGCAUUUGAGAAGGCUGAUGAGCUAGGAUUGAAAAUAGUAGUACUGGGGUAUGAUUUAAAGGUAUAUAAUGCUACCCACGAGGCUAUGGUGACUAGAUUAGGGUGCCCCCAAGUUCCUUUUCGAGUACAAGGGCGUGAUUUCGUGCAUAACUUAAUUUGUUUGAUGAUGACUGGUCUUGAUCUCAUUCUGGGAUUGGACUGGUUAUCCAAGAACCGCGUUCUAUUAGAUUGCUCGGCGAAAAUAGUGUAUUUCAUGCCUGAAGACACUGAAGGGCCGGUUGGAGUGAAUAACUACUACUUGAAUUCCAUGAUGGUGAACUAUUCUGGGGCUGAAUGUCAGGGGAUAUUGUUGCUAGCUGCGGGUGUUUCGGGUGAUGAUCAAGAUUUGGAACAAAUCCCAGUUGUGUGUGAGUUUUCGGAGGUGUUCCCUGAUGAUAUUGAUGAAUUUCCACCGAAACGGGAAGUUGAGUUUGCUAUUGAUUUAGUACCUGGGGCUGGACCAAUCUCGAGUGCUCCUUACAGGAUGUCGCCUAUGGAAAUGGCCGAAUUGAAGUCUCAACUGGAGGAUCUGUUGGGUAAGAAUUUUAUCCGACCAAGUGUAUCUCCGUGGGGUGCGCCAGUAUUAUUGGUGAAGAAGAAAGAUGGAACCAUGCGCUUAUGUGUUGACUAUAGGUAG